AUGAAGCAAUACUUUGAUCCCCUGCAACAGGAAGCCCACGACGCCUUCUUCGUCAUUGGCCGUGAUGGACCACCAGAGGUCCUCCCCCCAAACACAUCGACGGAGACAUUCUGUGAGGUUCUCGACAAGCUACGCCAAAUCUGCCAAGCAGAGAAUGUAAUAACGGGAGACGACCUUGUCAGUUUCAUCGACCCUUUCGCCGUCACCUCAUCACAUGUCCCGUCUGCUGCGGUAUGUCCAAGCAAUGUCUCCGAGAUCCAACAGAUCCUGAAACUGGUCAACGUCCACAAAAUCCCGGUAUGGGUAUGUUCACGGGGCAAGAAUUUAGGGUACGGCGGUCCAGCGCCUCAAAUCAACGGGUCCAUUGUCCUCUCGUUACACCGCAUGAGUUCGAUCCUCGAAGUCAAUGAACGUGGUGCCUACGCCGUCAUCGAACCUGGAGUCACAUUUCGAGAUCUGUCAGAGUACUGUCUGGAAAAUAAACGAUCCGUAUGGCCCAACGUCCCUUCGAUAGGAUGGGGUAGCGUAAUCGGUAAUGCUCUCGACCGAGGUAUAGGUUACAACGCUCUCGGAGACCAUUGGCACAACAUCAGCGGCCUCGAAGUGGUCCUCGCCAACGGCGACGUCGUACGUACGGGACAAUGGGCGGCGACGGACGCACCGACGGCGUACCUCUGCAAGAACAGUUUCGGCCCCUCGAUCGACGGGUUGUUUCUGCAGAGCAACCUCGGCAUCGUGACCAAGAUGAGCCUGUGGCUCCAACCUCGCCCCCAGACCUACAUGUCGGUCAAGGUCGAGGUGGACAAGUUCGCCGACAUUGCGCCCCUCGUCGACGCCUUGGGCUUGUUGCACCGCGAGGACAUCCUCCAGAGCAACCCGCUGAUAGGCGACGUGAUAGGUCACCUGUCCAUCUUCAACACCGCGGCGGAACUGUACGACGGCCCCGGUCCCAUCCCCGAGGACAAGAUCGAGGAUCUCCGUGUCAAGAAUUCCUUGGGUGCCUGGACGGCCAUUUUCGACUUUUACGGCACGAAAUCCAUGGUGCUCGCCCGUCUCGAACGCUGCCGUGAAGUUUUGGAACAGCACUGCCCUUCGAUGCGUCUGACGAGUCGCCUGUUUGAAGGCUCCGACAACAACGGCGGCGUCCUCGAGGCCCGCAAGAUCGCCGAACACGGCCGUGGGGAGCCCGUCGGGGUGGUCGGCACGUCUCGCUCGAGCAUGAUCAAUUUCGCCCUGCCUCGAGACGGCAAGGGUCACGGCGCCCACACGGACUUUGUUCCCUUGAUGCCCAACGACGGAGCUUUUUUCCUGAAAUGGUUCACCGAAGCCCGGAAAAUCAUGGUCUCGCACGGGUUCAACGCCAUCCUGGGAGGGAGGGUUUUCAAAAAGCAUUCCUUCACCAUCCAGAUGAUGUUUUACGACAGUUCGAGCGCCACGCACCGAGCCAGCCUCCCUGCCAUGUGGAGGGAUUUGGCGAAAGCGGCUGAAAAGUAUCACCUGACGAAUUACCGGUCACAUUUGGAUAAUAUGGGUAAUUUCUGUCCCCUUUCUUGCUCGCCUUCUUCCUCCUUCCGACAAAACAAUUUGGACCCGAAUGGUGUUCUAUCACCUGGUAAGCAAGGUAUAUGGCCCGAGGUCUGGAACAAGUAUCGUAAGGAAAACAAGAAUGACGAGACCACCACCAAUGGCACCACCACUCCCUCCAUUUCGUCCUUGAAAAUGUAG